CUACCGAGGAACUACACGCCCCCUUGACUGAUAACACACAUGACAGCACGUAGGCACAACUUCUGAUAAUGUUUAAGUAACUAUACAAUAACUACAAAUAGCCCUAGAGCGGUUGUUUUUCCUACAAAUGGCUACCAUUGUCUUUUGCUCUGUUAACAAAACGGCCAGGACCACUGCAAGACGAUGUUUGAGUUCAUAUUCGAAAGGGCUUGCUAGUUCAGGAGAGUCGCCGUUUUCCUGCACUCACAGCCCGCUAACGACUCUCCUUCCGGGUACAAGAUGGUUUUCCAGGGGCUCCAGCGUACGGUUCAUGUCCCAAGGGACCGCAGGCAGAGCCGGGGCCGGGAGAACCAGGAGGGGAGCCCUGGCGCUCACUGGAGCCGCAGCCGUCACAGCAGCAGCGGCAGUAGCAGGAUUUUUAGCCAACGCUAACCACUUCCAGCGUGCCGAAAUGGCAACGAAAGUAUCCCCAAUUGCUGAGGAGAAGCAGCCGGAGGGGGAUAUCUUGGAGAGGUGCAGGGGGUUCAUGUCUCCUCCGGUGACCGACAUUGGUGAGCUGCAAGAGAGGAAAGGGGAGAUGAGGACGCGGAUGGAGAUGUUGAUCAUGGAGACGCAGGCCGACUUCUGCAAAGCUCUGCAGGAGGUGGACGGUGGGAAGUUCAAGGUGGACCGGUGGCAGAGGAAUGAAGGUGGUGGAGGAAUCAGCUGUGUGAUGCAGGAUGGAAAGGUGUUUGAGAAGGCGGGGGUCAAUGUGUCCGUGGUGUUUGGACACCUUACGGAAGAGGCUGCCAAGCAGAUGAGGAGCAGAGGAAAAGUGCUCAAAGGGAAAGAUGGUAAGCUGCCGUUUUGUGCCAUGGGUGUGAGCUCUGUUAUUCACCCCAAGAACCCGCACAUCCCCACAGUGCACUUCAACUACAGAUACUUUGAGAUCGAGGAGGAAGACGGCUCUAAGCAGUGGUGGUUUGGUGGAGGCACAGACCUGACUCCAGUUUAUAUUAGUAAAGAAGAUGCUUUUCACUUCCACAACACCCUGAAGGAGGCUUGUGACAAACACCACUCGCAGUAUUACCCCGACUUUAAGAAAUGGUGUGACAGAUACUUCUACAUCAGACACAGAGGAGAGACUCGAGGCAUAGGAGGAAUCUUCUUCGAUGAUCUGGACUCCCCGAGUCAGGAGGAGGCAUUCAGCUUCGUUAAAAGCUGUGCUCGCACCGUGGUGCCCUGCUACCUGCCCAUCGUAUCCAAACACCUCAACGACUCCUUUACUGAUGAAGAGAAGGACUGGCAGCAAGUACGACGAGGAAGAUAUGUGGAGUUUAACCUGGUGUAUGACAGAGGAGUGAAGUUUGGCCUGGCCACGCCUGGCUCUAGAAUCGAGAGCAUUCUCAUGUCUCUCCCCCUCACUGCCAGGUGGGAGUACAUGCAUGAGCCUGCCAAAGGUACCCUGGAGGCCGAGAUGCUGGAGGCAUUACGAAACCCCAAGGAGUGGGUGUGACCGCUGAUCCAAGGUUUAUACAUCACUAUGGAUGAAACCUCCAGGGAUCUGUCUGUGAUGAUGGUGUGAACUGUUGGACUAAAUCAGCAGCAGUUCACUCUGUUUACUCAAAUCCUAUAUCAAUGAACUCGUCCGAUAAUUUAAAAUCUGCUAUGGUACUUUUCCCUUUUUCCUGUACGCUAUGUUUUGCCAAAUCAGCCUUGUUAAAACUCACUGGGAUUGCAUUACUAUACUUGUACCUGCUUCUAGGUCACACUGAUGAUGUUCUCCUUUUGUGAAGUGUUUGUGUCAAACACUAGCUGUUUUUUCUAUGUCUAAGCUAAAUUGGGCUUGCUCUACUUGAAUCUCUGUAGUCUUCGUUUAACAAAGCACUGAAAGAGAAAAUUGGGACGAACUGAGCCACUGCAUGUGUGUGUGCACCCACAGGUGGGAAAUGUUAAUAAAUCUGUUGUUAUGUUUCAGUGCAAA